UCUCUGAGGAAGGGAAGCAGGGGAGUGGCAGGGUCAGGGAGCUGGGUCCCAAAGGUGCAGGGAUGCAGAACAGAACCAGCGCAGUUCUCUGUGCCUUUGCCCUCCUGACUGGCUUCCUGAUGGUCUGCCUGGGGGCCUUCUUCGUGUCCUCGGGCUCCAUCGUCAGCUGUCGGGUGAACCUGAUCCUGGCCUAUUUGCUUCUGCCUCUGGGGUUUGUGAUCCUUCUGGGUGGAAUUUUCUGGAGCACCUACCGCCAGGCGAGCGGAAACAAAGGGAUGUUCAGCCACGUGCUCAGACAACACCUUGCUCAUGGGCCCGAGGGCCUGGCCACAGUGGACAGGCCAGAUUUCUACCCUCCUGCUUAUGAAGAAGGUCUUGAUGCUGAAAAGCAAACCUAUCCCGCAGAGCAGGAGGCCUCGGAUGUUCCUCCACCUCUAUACACAGAGAGGGACCUUGAAUUUGAGGAUGAAAAGGAUGUUCACCGAGAGGCACCCCCAUCCUAUGACGACUCCGUGGUGGACAGAGUGGUGGCAGCAACACCAGCGCAGGACACUGAGAGACAAAGCCGAGAGUGCUGAGGGGGAAGCUCUCCACUAUGCAUGAUGCACCCUCAGGGCAUACAGCUGCUAAAAAUAAAAGUAGGCAAGGGACUGUGGGAGGAAAAGCCAGGUCAAAAACCCUGCUCAUGAGCUCCCCGAGGAAAUCAUGACUCUGUAAGAAAUGUUGUCAGCUUUAUUAUAUUUAAUGUUUUAUUCCAAGAGGACAAGUUGGAUGGCAGGGUGGUGGCAAGAGACACAGCCUGAUGCUUUCUUUAGAGCUGGGACAACAGCCUUCAUCUCUCCGGGCCUCAGUUUCCUUCUCUACGGAGUGAAGAAUUUAUGCUGGGGUUAAUAUCUAACCAUUGUGGAAUGCUUUUUAUAUGGCAGCCUCCAUACUAUGAACUUUGUGCUUUUUAUUUAGCCCUCAUUAUAACCUUCAGAGACAGGUGCAAUGGCUGUUCCCAUUGUACAGAUGCAUACACUGAGGCUGUGAGAAGUUAAGACUUUCCCAAUAACAUGCACUUGUUUUCGGGAGGAUGGAGGAGUGUCUGUAGAGGGGCAUGGGAGGAUGUAUUUAUUUCCAACUUUUGUCCUGGGUUAACCCUGUCUUACUUCCCUCCUCACAAGGAGCAGCUUGGCCUUCCCUCCUCCUUCAGAAAAUGGGCCCCAAUAGGAUGGAGCCCCAGGGUUGCUGCAAGAGUUAAAGCCCCUGGAAAGGCCACAGAGGUUGCUUCAGGGUUCAUCUGGUAGAUUCUUGUUUAAAAUGUAAAUAAGGCCUCCAGGUGUUCUGCCCAGGAGCUUGGCCCUCACCUCUGAGUAUAGUUUCCUUUCCUCUGAUCAUUCAACUGAUCGUGAAAGAUGGUUCCUUAGGGUCACAGGCAGCUGUAGGUGACUGGGCACCAACGCACAGGAGGGGCUUUGGGCUGCGACAGGAAGGAUGAAGAGAUCUCCAGGAGAAAGAGGGUUACUGAGAUGGGAUGGGGCCCCAAGGCCUUCUCUUCCCCGUUAGGGCUGAGUGCACAGAUGAAGCGGGUCCUGACAAACACACAGAAAGCCACAUAAAAGGAAAUCCUGGUCCCUUUACAGUUACAGAAGCAUGAAUUUGGGCAUCUGUGAUUUAAAUCCUUGACAUCAGGAUUUGUCAAGGUAAGUGGGUACGCAGGUCACUCAAGGUUGUCCAACAGGGAGGUGAUCGUGUAUUAGCAAUGUGGUUUAUUAUUCCUCUUUAAUCAUCUCUUUCCACCCCUCUGCUGAGACAGCAUCCUGACAUUUCCCCGGGGUCCGAGCUGAGCACAUUCACAGACCUGAACAAGCUCUAGCCCUGGGCUUUCAUCCAGAGUUUGCACUUGUUAGAGAUGGUUUUCCCAACCACUGGUAGGCACGUGAAACACAUGUUAAUUUUGGUUUACAUAAGAAAAUUGUUUUGAUAUCUUUGCAAUAAAUUUUGUACUUAAACUUUC